AAAUAAAAAAAACUGGACUUCGAUCAUUUUUAGGAUUUAGUCGUUAUUAUUAGUUUGUCUUAAUGUUAGGUUGUUAUUGGAUUUAGUUUAGGAUCAUUGGUUUCAGACAUUUACGCGAGAGGAACUGGAAUUAUUAGGUUAAUUUAUGUGAAGAAGGAGGUGUUACAAUGGGAGCAAAACUGUGUAAAAAAUGAUGGAUUUGGUUUGAACAUUGAUUUUUUUUUGGAGAAAUAGUGUGCAGGUGUAUUAGGUGAAAAUGGAUUCGGCAAGGAGUUGGUUUCAUAAGUUUCAACCACGAGAGAGAUUGAGGCAAACUUCUAAGAAGAAAGAUUCGAUUAUAGGUACUGGGACAGAAUGUUCAAAACCGCCAUUAGGUGGUGGUGGUGAGGAUGAAGCUGCAUCUAAUGUGACAAAACAGAAGGUUGCGGCAGCUAAGCAAUAUAUUGAAAACCAUUACAAGGAGCAGAUGAAGAACCUACAAGAAAGAAAAGAGCGGCGUAAUUUACUGGAGAAGAAGUUGGCUGAUGCUGAUGUGUCAGAGGAAGAUCAGAACAACCUACUAAAGUAUUUGGAACAGAAGGAAACAGAAUAUAUGCGCCUUCAAAGGCAUAAAAUGGGCGCUGACGAUUUUGAGUUACUGACAAUGAUAGGAAAGGGCGCAUUUGGGGAGGUCAGAGUUUGUAGGGAGAAGACUUCAGGAAACGUUUAUGCAAUGAAGAAGCUUAAAAAAUCAGAGAUGCUCCGCAGAGGGCAGGUUGAGCAUGUUAAAGCUGAAAGAAAUCUUCUUGCAGAGGUUGACAGCAAUUGCAUUGUCAAACUUUAUUGUUCUUUCCAAGAUGAUGAGUUUCUUUAUCUUAUCAUGGAAUAUCUUCCCGGUGGAGAUAUGAUGACGUUACUCAUGAGGAAGGAUACUUUGACAGAAGACGAGGCCAGAUUUUAUGUUGGAGAAACAGUUCUAGCAAUCGAGUCUAUCCACAAACAUAAUUAUAUUCACAGAGAUAUCAAGCCGGACAACCUAUUGCUGGAUAGAUAUGGUCACAUGAAACUUUCAGAUUUUGGAUUGUGCAAACCAUUAGACUGUAGUAAUCUCCAAGAAGAUGACUUUUCUGCGGCAAACAAUUCUAAUGGGUCUCAACAGAACGAUGACGGUUCUACUAGACCAAAACGCACACAGCAGGAGCAGUUGCAACAUUGGCAGAGAAACAGGAGGAUGCUGGCAUAUUCUACAGUUGGUACACCUGACUACAUUGCACCUGAAGUUUUGCUGAAGAAGGGAUAUGGAAUGGAAUGUGAUUGGUGGUCACUUGGUGCUAUCAUGUAUGAAAUGCUUGUGGGGUAUCCGCCGUUCUACUCUGAUGAACCCAUGUCGACGUGUAGAAAGAUAGUAAAUUGGAAAACACAUUUAAAAUUUCCUGAAGAAGCGAAGCUAUCUCCCGAAGCAAAAGAUCUAAUUAGUAAACUUUUAUGCAAUGUUGACCAAAGACUGGGAACAAAUGGAGCCGAUGAGAUAAAGGCUCAUUCAUGGUUUAAGGGUGUGGAAUGGGACAGACUAUAUCAGAUGGAUGCUGCCUUUAUUCCAGAGGUCAAUGAUGAGUUGGAUACUCAAAACUUUGAGAAAUUUGAAGAGGCUAAAAACCAAACUCAGACAUCAUCAAAGUCAGGUCCUUGGAGAAAGAUGCUCUCAUCGAAGGAUAUCAACUUUGUGGGCUACACCUAUAAGAAUUUCGAAAUUGUUAAUGAUGCUCAACUGCCUGGCAUGGCUGAAUUGAAGAAGAAGAGCACCAAAGCAAAGCGUCCGUCCAUUAAAUCCCUCUUUGAUGAAGAGUCGGAGGAAACCAGUGAACAAGGUGAUGUUAGCUUUCGUUCCCAGUCAGAAGUCUCUGAUACUAAAAGCGAGUCUCCAUGACUACUGGUCUUCCUCACUCAUUAACAUUCACUCACUUUUUUUUCAUCCAUAAGACCAAAAUGGUCAAAUGGAGCACUAAUCGGCAGAUUCAUUUACAUGUAUGAGUCUAGGGUCUUGCGUAACGCUGAGAAUCUGUUUCGUUCAGGAUGUUUUGUGUGAUCGUUUUGGGGGAGUAUGAAUUCUGUUGGUCAAAUUAAAACAGUUCAGCAGCUAGAAGGUUGAUUCUGAAGCUGCAAGGUAGCCUUUCUUUUAUCUGGGUUCCUUGCUUGAAUCAAGCUCCUUGUAAAAUUUGUCACCUGUGAGAGUAAAUGGGUAUUCAUUUGCCAUUCAUUGAUAUGCAAUGUAUUAUUUAUUUGUUUAUUUACUAACUUUUGGCAAGUGGAGGAAUAUUUGUAUGAACUGCUUCACACCUUGUAUAUGCAAUCUUGAAAUUCUUAAACUGAGGAAAGAAGGUAAUAAACUAAGAAUCAGGUUGAGUUA